GGAUUCUCAGUUGCAUUUCCAGCACUUUUCCUCAUUUGACCAGAAAUUUUGCUUGACCCUCCCCCAUCUUAAAAGGCUACCGUGAAUCUGUGAUUAAGAUCUUUUAACUUUGCUACUUUGACUACCUCAGCAGUCAUCCCCAACCAUAUAUAAAAGGACCCAUCUGUGCUGCAUCUUUUCUUUUUCCUUCUCAACUCUGAUUAACUCUGUGACUGUGCUCUUUAGCUUCCAAACGGCAUAAAAGGAAACAAAAACUCACAUUUGAGUAAGACAAUAUGUCUCGUGAAGAGAAUGUUUACAUGGCCAAGUUGGCUGAGCAGGCUGAGAGGUAUGAGGAAAUGGUUGAAUUCAUGGAGAAAGUUGCUAAGACAGUGGACAGUGAAGAACUAACUGUCGAGGAAAGGAAUCUACUUUCAGUUGCUUAUAAGAAUGUUAUUGGAGCUAGAAGAGCUUCCUGGAGAAUUAUUUCCUCUAUUGAGCAAAAGGAAGAGAGCCGUGGAAACGAAGAGCAUGUUACAAUUAUCAAGGACUAUAGGGGAAAGAUUGAGGCUGAGCUCAGCAAGAUAUGUGAUGGGAUUUUGCGUCUUCUGGAUACACAUCUUAUUCCUGCUGCCUCUACUGCCGAGUCUAAAGUCUUUUAUCUGAAAAUGAAGGGUGACUACCAUAGGUACUUAGCUGAGUUCAAAACUGGGGCUGAGAGGAAAGAAGCAGCUGAAAACACUUUGUUUGCCUACAAAUCUGCACAGGACAUUGCCCUGUCUGAAUUGGCUCCAACACACCCAAUAAGACUUGGUCUUGCUCUGAACUUCUCUGUGUUCUAUUAUGAGAUUUUGAACUCGCCUGAUCGUGCUUGUUCCCUUGCCAAGCAGGCAUUUGAUGAAGCUAUUUCUGAGUUGGAUACAUUAGGUGAAGAAUCUUACAAAGACAGUACACUCAUAAUGCAACUUCUCCGCGACAACCUUACUUUGUGGACUUCUGAUGUGCCGGAGGAUGCCGGCGGUGAGAUCAAGGAGGCUCCCACACAGGAAACAGGGGAUAUUACAAAGUAAUUUGUCUGGCUUUGCCCGUUUAAGUGGAAUUCACUAUCAUGAUAAAAAAAAAAAAAAAAAAAAAGUGGAAUUCACUAGAUUUAGCGUAUUGUAGUGUGGAUUUCCGGAGCUUAUACUGAUGUCUUAAACUUGAAGAUCUUAUUAACGUUUAGAAACAUAUGAUUGGAUGUUUAGAGUUAUAAUAGGUAGCAGUGGUUUUUAUUUAUUUUAUUUUAUGCCCGAGUGUGUUGAUGCUUCUCAAUUAAGUAUUCUUGUAGUGGAAAAAA